CCGGGACAGUGCGCGAGAAGAACGGGUCCAGGCAAGGCAUAGCAAUGUUCAUAUUUAGCAACAACAACAACCUUUACGAACAUAAUUAUCCCGCUGUGUAGGCUGGAGGAGUGCUGAAUUAUUGGCCUGUUCCACCCACAAAGACACGGAUGAAAACACCGGACUGUGACGUACAGGAUGUGGCCGCGCUCCUCUGGAUGUUUGACAGACGGUGAAGAAGGAGCAGACCUCGCGAAUCUCACACAUCUAACCUCCUCUACCCUUCCAUUUACUGGAUGUCUGAAACCUGUAUUUUCUUGUUGAAAUGAUAAAGUAUUUAAUUUCACAAAAUAAUGUAGCGAUAAGCUUAGCCUCAGAGAUAUUUGACCUCUAUUAAAGCCCAUCAUGCGUGGGUCCGGAGCGUUGUCUUUUUAACUCUUAGGUUUUUUUCGAUGGCGCCGAGCACAACACUUAAGUUCACACCCAUUUGUAAAUGAUUAGACCAAUGUGCCGUGUUUGCCCCCAGUCAGUUACCCCAGCUGUGCAAUCACUUCAGCUUUCUGUUGUAUGUUUGAAGUGAUUUGAUAGAACCAUCAAGCCAAUCAGGAGAAUGAACGGCUCUCUUUUAACCCCACCCAGCCCGCGGGCGGCAAACUCCUCACCUUUACCUCCCUCACCCUCCCCGUCACCCUCCCCGCCAUCUCCCUCUCUGCUGCCCCUCUCCCCCCGGCCACCUCCUCUCCCACCACUGGUGAGCCCUCCUCCCCAGGCUCACCCGUCCUCCCUGUCGGACACCCCCACGCCGUCCCCCUCACCUUGCCUGAGCUGGACCGAAUUCUGUGAGCUCCACGCGCGUGUCGCAGCUGGUGACUUUGCACGCCACUUUCGGGCUUUCCUCCUGGAGAACCCCCACUACUCCCCAGAUUCAGCAGCCGCCUUCUGCCGUCGCUUCACUGACCGCUUUGUUCGUCACUUCCAGAGCGAGCUGGAGGGGGCGCUCCCUCCGAGCUGUGCUUCUGGGAGGGAGGAGAUGGUGAGCUGGGCUCCCCAGUCAGAUGCUACUUCCCUGGAAGAGGAAGCGGUCUCACCCCUGUCGGCGUCCGGGGGUGCUGUCCUUCCGUGUCCCCCGGCCAACACGACGCGGGGCUUAUCCAAGCCCGCGCCGACGCGGCUCGUGCUGGAGAACCGCAGCGGGGACAGGUUUCAAGAUUCUUACGCCCACAGCCAAGUCCUACCUCCAUCUUCAUCGUCGUCAUGUUGCUCCUCGGUGGGAGGGAAUAACGGCAGGCGCGAGGAGAGGGGCGCCAUGAUGAUCAUGACCCCUGGGAACGGGGAAGCACCGGUCGAGGAAGAGGAGGACAGCUGGCUCGGGGUAGCGUCUGUGGGGGAAGACGUUGAGCCAGACGAGCGGGAUGCUGAGUCCACAGAGGUUGACAGUGCAGACCCCUCCCACACUCCUCAGAUUCCACCUUCCUCUGUCACUCCUCCGCCCGGCUCCAAAGGUAACAGCACACCCAACUCCUCCAAAAACAAACUGAAGAAGCGCUUCUCGCUGCGGAGUGUGGGUCGUAGUGUUCGGGGGAGUGUCAGAGGAAUCCUGCACUGGCGAAGCUCCUCCAGCGACUCGGCCCAGAGCCAGCUGCCCUCCAGCUACAGCUACACGAUGGGUGUGCAGGACGCCACCCUGGUGUCAACCUCCAAGAGGAACUCUGGUACACAGCCUCCUACACCCACCUCGUCCAUGCCCGUCUCUCUGUCCAUGCCCCUCUCCCUCCCCCACUCCUCCUCCUCCUCUCUGCCCCCCUCAUCUUCAAGCAGCGCCACCUCUCUGUCUCUUUCGGAAGCCGCUCGGGAUCGGCGGCGGAGCAACGGCGAAGGCGGCGAGAAGGAGAAGUGGAGCCAUCGUCUGGAGAAACUCAGACUGUCACGAUCCCCUCCUCCUGUCCUCACCCCGACCGCCGCCGGCUCUCACUCCGCCUCCUCCACGCUGCCUCCGAGCAGCGCGGCCGCCGCCGCCAUGGGACCUCCGAGGAAGGUGGGCCGGCUGGUGCGGGAGGGCGGGGUGAGCGUUAGUUCAUCCAACGACGAGUUAGGCGGGAGCCAUGGAUUUUCUGGCUUCUCGUUCGGUCUACUGCAUCACGGUACAGACAACAACAACGCUGCCUCAGCUUCAUCUGCCGCAGCCCAGGCGGGUCCGGCGCAGCCUCUGGCGAGCGGCGGGAACGUGCCCUGGAGAGGAGGACGCUGGCAUAAAUGUCGUCUGGUCCUCAGAGAGCGGGACAGAGAAGGCGGCGAGCGGGGAGAGGAGUACUACCUGGAAUUCUUCAUUCCACCCAAAUCGUCAAAGCCUCGGCUGACUGUCCCCUGCUGCUCUAUCGUGGACGUGAGGAGCACCACGGCGCUGGAGGUCCCCGAUAAGGAGAACACCUUCCUGCUGCAGGUGGAAGGGUCGGCGCAGUACGUGAUCGAAACACGCGACGCUGUUCAGAUGAGAGCCUGGCUGAGCGACAUCAGGAACGGCAUCUGUCUCAGUGAGCAGGAAGAUGCUGAAGGUGUGUGCGUGGGGCCGUUAGACAUCAGCGGGACGCCUGAGAUUGUUGACCGUCUUUCACAAGUGUGUUACGGAGGUAUCGGAGGCUCCUCACCUCUGAUGGAUCCUCUCCCACCAGAGUUGCCACCUCGAGCCCCGCUGGACGAACCGGAUGGCCGGGUUCUCGGGGGAGGCGGGGCUAGUCUGGGCACACCGUUCGCUGAGACGCCAGACGCCACAGGGUCCUUCCUGUUCUCAGAGGUGACGUCUGCUGAGACGGUGGAGCACCCGCUCAGUGAGUGCCAGUGGUUUCACGGCACCUUGUCGCGCCUCAAAGCUGCUCAGCUGGUGUUGGCCGGAGGCCCGGCGAGUCACGGCGUCUUCCUGGUUCGCCAGAGCGAGACACGGCGCGGAGAGUACGUCCUCACCUUUAACUUCCAGGGCAAGGCCAAGCACCUCCGUCUGUCCCUGAACGAGGACGGUCAGUGCCGAGUGCAGCACCUUUGGUUCCAGUCCAUCUUUGACAUGUUGGAGCACUUCCGGGUGCAUCCGAUCCCGCUGGAGUCCGGCGGAGCCUCGGACGUCACGCUCAUCAGCUUCGUGGGUGCCACCGCUGUUCGCCAGCCAGGCCGGGACAGGGCAGGCAGUCGGCCUACAGUCUGUGAUGUCAUCACCACGCGCCAUCCUGACUCUCCAUCAACCCCCAUCUCUGACUGUGUACUUGACCAGCAGACCCCGUAGCCCUCCUCAGCCUCCUCCCCUGCCGCCGGGCCGGCCGCCACCCCCGACUCCACCUCAGGAGAGAGGGAACGAGACGGAGCCGGGAGGAGGAGAAGGAGGAGGAGGAGGAGGAGGAGGAG